CAAAAAAAGCCAGGAGAGAUGGAAACCCGCUAGUCGCCAAUCCUGGGAUAUGGCCCGAAGGGAUACUCCACUCUCCUUUCCACUGCACGACUUAUCUCGCCUUAGAGUGUUUCCCCGCACAGAAAGAAAAGAAAGAGAAAAAAAAUGAUUGUGUAAAAAAAAGGGUCAUAAUGCCAGCGACGUUGAUAAAUGAACACCCGUCCCCCCAAUAGUACGCCUGGAUUGCAAAAAGACCCAGGCCAGCCACCAUGAGGAUUCUCUCGCGUCUCUGAUAACCUGACUCCUUAACUUGUCCUGCUUCGGUGGUGAUAAAUUGGCUCUCAGCCUGCAAGGUUACACAGCAGAUCUACCCUCUGCGGUCCUCUGCCAGUCCCUUACAAUUUCUGACUAGUCGUGGAUCUAAGAUUCUUUUCUACACGCAAAGAGAGGAAUCGCUCGCUGUGGGUUGAUUCCAGAGUAUCCUCAACGAGACUCGAUCACCACGUAAAAUUGGAAAGGAGAGUUCAACCUCCAUUCUAGAACAUCAUGGCCGACAAAGCGUCCGAGGCCAACAAUGUCUCGGUAAGUACGACCCAGCAUCUUCAUCAAGAUCCGGCGCUGCACCCUGAGCACCAGCAUCACCAUGAGCAUCAUCACCAUACCGCCUUUGCAGAGCAAGGCCGUGAGGAUGAAGUAGUCUAUUCCAAAGACACGGCGUUCGAGAAGGGUAUCGUGCCUGAACCAUCGCCCCUCGAUCAUGGCAGCCAGGGCCAUAGCCAGGCUUCGAAAGAUGAAGAGACAGGCGAGACUAGUCCUGCUCCUCGUCCAUGGCACCGACGCGCGGUGAAGCACUGGAGACAUGCUUUCCAUGCGGCGAUCUGGAUCCUGUUCACCGGCUGGUGGAUCACCGGCCUCGUCUUGCAUCGACAUGACCUAGGCUGGUUAAUUCCAUUCCUACUAUACCUGGCCAUCACCCUCCGCCUAAUCUUCUUCUACAUCCCCAUCACCAUCAUCACCCGGCCGAUGUACUUCAUCUGGAACAAAACCGCGACGCCAAUUGUCAACGCUAUUCCGGAGAAAUUCCGCACUCUCCUCGGCGCCGUAGUCUGCGUCGGCGUUAUCCUAAUCGGAUCAUUCGCCUCGCCCGAAUCAGCCGACAACACGCGCGCGAAUCGCGCCGUCAGUCUCUUCGGCUUGGUCGUCUUCAUCUUCGUGUUGUGGUUGACAUCCCGUAACCGCAAGAAGAUCGUCUGGCACACGGUCAUCGUGGGAAUGCUAGUGCAAUUUAUUAUUGCGCUGUUCGUCCUGCGGUCUACGGCCGGAUACGACAUUUUCAACUUUAUCUCCCUGCUCGCUCGUAAACUGCUCGGUUUCGCCACGGAUGGUACCGUUUUCCUGACGGCGCAGAACUUCUAUGAUCUAGCUAGCCCGAUUCAGCCCGCGAAUUGGUUCUUGAUUAGCGUUAUUCCGGCUAUCAUCUUCUUCGUUUCCAUCGUGCAGUUGCUCUACUACACCAGUAUCCUGCAGUGGUUCAUCUCCAAAUUCGCCGUCUUCUUCUUCUGGUGCAUGCGAGUUUCCGGUGCCGAGGCCGUCGUCGCUGCUGCAUCUCCCUUCAUUGGGCAAGGCGAGUCGGCGAUGUUGAUCAGACCGUUCAUCGCGCAUCUGACAAUGGCCGAACUGCAUCAAGUCAUGUGCUCGGGUUUCGCGACUAUCGCCGGUAGUGUCUUGAUCGCGUACAUCACGAUGGGCGUGAACCCGCAGGCAUUGGUUUCCUCGUGUGUCAUGAGUAUCCCUGCCUCACUGGCGUGCUCGAAACUGCGUUGGCCCGAGGAAGAAGAGAGUCUUACUGCUGGUCGGGUCGUCAUUCCUGAUAACGAGGAACACCGCGCGGCUAAUGCGCUGCACGCUUUCGCCAACGGAGCUUGGUUGGGUCUUAAGAUUGCCGCGAUGAUUGGCUCGACUUUGCUAUGCAUCAUCUCGUUGAUCGGUCUUAUCAAUGGUCUCCUCACUUGGUGGGGUCAUUACCUGAGUAUCAAUGAUCCCGAGUUGACCCUGGAGCUCAUUCUCGGAUACCUCUGUUACCCGAUUGCGUUCCUGCUGGGUGUUUCGCGAGAUGGAGAUUUGCUCAAGGUGGGCCAACUAAUUGGUCUGAAGCUGGUCUCGAACGAAUUUGUCGCCUACAACGCCCUUCAAAAUGUCAAAACCUACGCCGACCUCUCGGAUCGCUCGCGUCUGAUCGCCACCUAUGCCCUCUGUGGAUUUGCCAACAUAGGCUCGCUGGGUAACCAGAUUGGUGUCUUGUCCCAGAUCUCGCCCGGUCGUAGUGGUGAUGUGUCCCGGGUGGCCGUCAGUGCUAUGCUCACGGGUGCGAUUAGUACUUUCACCAGUGCGACAAUUGCGGGUCUGCUCAUCACGGAUGAGAAGCAGUAUUUCACCUCGGCAUCGUAGUUGAACGAGGCCGUGUAUAUGUCAUACAUCACAUGAUAGUUGACUUUUUGUGUUAAUAUCCUGAGUCUCCGUCCACGGCUUCGAAGUUGAAGCCCUGCUGCCUUGAUCACAAUAUAUCCAAGGUCCUUUGCGGAUGGCACCAUUUACCAUAUCAACACUCGGGAAACCCAGCGAUUAUGAGAGACCUACAUGACCGAUGAAUUACCUCGUUACAUAAUUCCACAGAGAUAAUACAACGCAAGAGAUUAUAUCCUCGAAAGAAAAACUCAAAGCAACACGCGCCUGUACUUUAAUGCGUGUCAUAAAGAUAAACCAGAGACAGAAUACGUGCGCCCAUAAACAAUGAGAACCGACAACUCCAAGCCCGUUUAUAAUGGGCCAUUAUGCAUGUGCAUCGCGCCGCAUGUCUGCCGAGACGAAGGAGACAUCCGAGAGACCGCCCGAUGCCAAAUAUAGAAUCCUAAACCGUGCAAGAGGGGGAGUAUCUACUCAUCGUCGAGAUCCCGGUGGCGGGCCAGGACGUGCUUCUUGAACUCUGCUUUGUCAGAGUCCCAGAGCUCGGCGGCUUGGGCGUUCAGAGGGCUCGCACUAUCGUCUAUUGUUAGUGACUGAAACUUCGCGGAAGAAUAACCCUGGCAAUUGGGCCAAGACCGGCUUACUUGUUGGGUUCACCCAGGAGACUUUGCAAACUCAGAAGCACGCUCUGGACAUUGUACACGGCGCUCCAUUUAUCCUUGAGGAUAUCCAAGCAGAUCCGGCCGGAGAAGUCGACGUUGGGGUGGUAGAUGGGGGUCUUGAAGAGGACGGUUGGCGGAGAGUAGGGGUAGUUGUUAGGGAAGGCAAAGGAGAGCUUUAGCGUCAACCCUUCAUAGGGAGUCUCCGUAGGGCCGGUGAUGGUUGCCGUCCAUGAGAGGAGGUUGCCGUCAGCGUCUGGGAAGGCAGAAAUACCGGGCGAGGGCGCCAUCAUGAGCUGCAUCAGCUCGGCUUGUAGGCUAUACGGUCAAAGAGAGAUAGUGAGCACAUGACCCUGUUAAUCCGAGUUGUCCGUGACGGGCGGGAUAACGAACCGCUUGGUAACGCUUUGAGUGUCACUGCGCUGUCCAGCGCCACUCAGCUUGGUAGCUUCCAGGGUCUCGGGCACCGAGUUCUGAGUAUCCUCCAUCGUGUAGUCCAUAGUGAAAAGAGAGGGAGAGUCUCCGUGAGAGCCUAACGGUCCGAUAAAGCAGUGGUCUGGAAGGCUGCAGGUUCGCGGGCCGUCCGUGGAAUGCGAGUAACUUGUUGCUGUCUGGAAUGACGACGGAUCCGAAACAACAGUGGACCCACCACUACCAAAAGCGACGAGAAGAGAUGGAGAUGAAAUGGAAGAUGGAACAAUAGAAGAGAUGGAUAGCACGAGAAUUAUGGGAUGCCAGAGGGGAAAUAAGGGUGACGAUGGAGCAGACAAAGAAAAGAGGAAGCGAGAAAACGCUAAGUGCCGGCUGGUUUUUUGGUUGGUUUUGUUUACUCGCCGCCCCCCGGCAACGCGAAAUGGCCCCCGCUUGUGCUGCGAACUGGUAUCACUGAACACUACAGAGUUGGGAG